AUGAAGGGCCCGCUUUCCAGAGCAGCUUUGCGUAUCCUUCGGGAGAAGGAGUCGUCAGCACCAUCGCAAGACGAGGAGGAUAUGGAUUACAAUCAGGAUUCAGUUUUCUUUAGCAUCCCCUCACCAUUACGAGCUCAUGAAGCAGUGAGAUAUACGAAACCCAUCAGAAUCGCCCCACAGAAAAGUGCUAAAUUUAAUCACACGGUUGCACGGGAGUUCGGUGACGGGAGGGUACCGCACCUUUCCAGGUUUGCAGGUGAUUGCAAAGCUAAGCGGGAAAGGCGAGCGGACAAUGAAGGAGAGGUGCAUGCAGCAAUGACGCCGCGCCGCCAUGCGUUUUUUGUUGCGAAUAAACGUGACGUACCUUCUCCGCCAAGAACCACACGGGAAUUAUUGAAUACACCAAUGGGAAAGCAAAGCCCGAGGCAGGAGUUUGUUGGAAGCAGCGCUGCAACCGGCCAUGCAAACCUUCUUGCAGCCGCCGUUGCUGCAGUUUCUUCCGCAACUGGCAACAAUCAUAUCACACCGCGCUUCACUGGUGACGCCUUGAUUUUGGGUUCGCCUCGGCAGACGCGAGCGGCGCUGCUUCGACGGGAGUAUACCGCGAAAACAACUCGAGAUAGAGCAUUAGAGGCCUUUGCGCAACCGGUGGACCGCUUCCUGGAAAGUAACAAACACCCGUCCAUCGAUACCAACCUUAAGGCCGACGUUAUUACUAAAAGCGAAAGCAUUCAAACAUGCCAAAGAGAGUCUCGAGGCGCGGUAAUGGUCCGACCAGAGUCAGUGCCAACCCCAAUUCAGCCGAUGAGACAAUCCCCUGCGUCGAUGACACUUGCGCCAACGAGCUCUAUUAGCAGAGGGUCUCUACUACUGACCAACGUACGCUCUGCCAUUGAAAGAAACAGGGAAUGUGAUGACAAAAAGAAGGUGUCGUUGUCUGCAAUGCGCUCCCCAAGGGCGGCAUCACCCUCGGCCGGAGUAAAGUCCCCAGCAAGAAGGCGCGACAACGGCAUCGCUUGGUGUGCUGGUGGUAAAUUACCUUCCACUGAGCCCCACCGACUUGGCAGCUUCUGUGGCAAUUCCCAGUACAGGAGUUCAGAGCAAAGCUUUGUUAUGAAAAAGAACAUGGACCACGCCGCCGCAGGGCCACCGUUGACCUCAAGAAGACAGAAAGCAAAUGUUCCAUUUGGACGAGAAAUAUCUGAUUGGUGUCCUGAGGAUCCAGAAUUUGCCUAUGAAAAAUGUACGCUUCGAUGGAAUGCGGGGUGCGACAUAUUUGGUGCCUCCAGUCGGGGGUGCAGUGCACCGCAACCUCAAGUCAGAGCGGGUCAGACGUAUUUUGGGCAUGCCUCAGUUGAGGAGAGUGGUUCCUCUCAAUUUGACGUCGUCGAAAUUUCCGAUAUCAUUGGAACAGAGGAAGUUACACGAGAAGACCAAGCGAAUAUUGACAAGAAGCAAAUGAUGGAAAUCUGUGAGAAUCCGCUGCCGUCACCACCUCGUGAGAGGCGGCCUGCAGCAAGUGGUGAUGUGCGGUAUGAUGACCACCGCAAAGUGCUGGAUUCAGCGACACAAACUGACAACACGGAAGGAAGGAUGUGCCAGGGUCUAUUUUUGUUGUCCCAACCGAUACUUAACAGGGAGAAAACAAAUUGUGGGGGUGACAAUGACACCAGUUACCUUAAGCCGAUGUCGGGCAAAGGUGUGGAAAUGGACCCUCUCGUGAAGGCUGCCGAGUUGGCUUCCAACAUGAGCCAUUUUGUGGAGAACUUGCACGAAACCAUUGUUGGUGAUGUGUUAGGAAGUGUACCAUCUGAUGCUGUAACCGGAGAUUCGAUGCUGACAGCGCGCAGCUUUAAAACCUGCUUGGAACAGGAGGAGGACGACUCACAGGCUCCUUUUCUGCGAACUCAGACGUUACCCAUGGGCCCACGAAAUUCCCCGCGCACACCUUCAGGCGGAACAAGCGUUGAUGGGAAAAUACCCUCCGAACGCGGAUCUCAACUGGUCGAGAAGAAUGAUGAUAUUUUUCUAGAGCCACUUCACUCGCCUCAGGUUUGGCCUUCCUCGACAGCACAGCGUUGGGGAAAAAAUGUUUCAAUACCGCUAAAGCGUUCUGUGAGGUGUGACGAGGAGAGAUUGGGUACUGGUGGUGGCCACCCCACUCCGACAGCUUUUGCUGCACUCCUCAACAGAGUUCAUUUGGAGUUUUUGCGUCGGUACUUCCGCACAUGGAAGGAGUUUGUGAAGCGACACACGACACAAAUCGCGCCUUCUAUCAGGUAUGUGAAUGCGGCCAACAGCCCCAUCGCGUGUAAACCGUUAAAUAAUCGCUGCAUCAACAGAAUGAUGGCAGCCGCUACUUGUUGUAAAAAACAGCAGUUAGGCGCUGUGCAAAAUGCCACAUUUAAAGCAAAUGGUCUAACAGUGGAUCGUCUCAGGCUGCACGCAAGAAAUAGCCUUCAAGCAGCAGAAAAAUCGAACGAUUUCCGCUACAGUAAACCGCUCGAAAAUACACGAUCCCACCGAAGAAUGGGGCCGCUCGACCGAGAUGGAAACGGAUCGCCGGGAAGCCACCACCGGAGUUUAUGCUCUGCGGAAACAAGUUUCUCAUGUCCCUCCGACAGCGUGCGUGCUCUGGUAUCGAUGAUGUGA